UAUUUAGCCCAAAAGGCCUCAAAUCCUGCAAGAACUUUAUCCAAUAAAAAGAUCCUGCGAAAAUCACCACUGCUCGUCUGUGCUGCCGGUAGGCGCCACGCCACCGUCGCCAUGGCCGCCCCCGUCUCCGCUUCCCUCUUGCCUCUCGGGAGGAGCGCACCUUCUUUCACUGGUCCGCACUACAAGAAUAAGAGAAGGAUUCCGAUGGUGCGGGUCUGCUGUGCUGCCGACGACGACGAGGAAGUCAACGAUUUGGGAGUCAGCGUGGCACUAUCGAUGCUAAAAUUCUACAAAAGAGAGAUAUCACCCUUGCUGCCUUCAAGCUGCCGUUAUGUGCCAACAUGCAGCGAGUACUCUAUGCAGGCGUACAAAAGAUAUGGUGUUGCGAAGGGUACAAUCUUGACAGCAUGGCGUCUGUGCCGUUGUAAUCCUCUUGCGUAGGUGGACAGGGAUAUGAUCCUCCCAGGUGGUUUGGGGAGGGAGAGUUACCUGAGGAAUGAUGGCUGGUAAUUACUAGAAACACUGCACAUAUGUUGGAAUGUCUCACAAGAUAUCAUCUCAUCGCAACUUCAUAAAGGAGGUAACUCGGGAGUGUUAGAGUUAUAAUAUAAGUCAUGUACCCCUUUGUAUUUAUCCCGUUGUAUAAGGGGUUUCCUGCAUAUGUUCCACACCUGUACAUGUAUAUAUAUCGGCCUAUGGCCUCAUGGGAAUACAAGUUGCUUAUUCCUAACAUGGUAUUAGAGCUAGGUCAAUUUUUUGCACGCUGCAACUCGUGCGAUUGAUCCAUCCCGAUCGAAGCAGUCCCGCUCGAUCUCCAACCGGCCUCGUGUGAUUGAUCUCCUGAUCGAAGUCUUCCUCGAUCUCCUUCUCCUCCCCGUUCCGCUGCAGAUAGAAGCGCUCACCACGACCUCCCGUGAUCGAUGUGCUCCAGGCCCCGCUCCAGAUUGAAAUCGCCUCCAACCGCCGGGCCUCCAAUCGUCUCAGUCGCCGAUUCCCAUCGCCCAGCUGCAGCCAGCUUCAAGUGACGAGGCGCUCAUCUUCCUGCUCGCCUCUACUUCUUUCCAAAUCCGAUCCCACCGCCUAGCUGCUCGAUUCUGCCCUCCAGAUCGGAUCGGGCUUCCACGCAGUCGUUGACCAAAAAAAAUGACUGCUGCAACGGGCUAUGUUGCUGUCCCUCGCUGUCCGGUGAUCUUCGAUGGUACUAACUACACUGAGUUCACUGGCUUCAUGCGCAUUCACAUGCGUGGCAUCCAUCUCUGGGGUGUUCUUUCUGGCAAGGUCUGUUGUCCGCCACGUCCGGUUCCUCCGAUGGCUCCUAUUCCGCCGACUCCACCGGUUCUUCAUCCGGAUGCUAAUCAGGCCGCCAAGGAUGCGGCUAAGCUUGCUGAUGAGGCUGCUGAUCGUGCUUAUGAUGAGAGGGUUUUGGCUUAUGAGGAGGCUCUUCAGACGUAUCAUGGUGCUUUGUCUGUUUACACCCAGUGGCUUGAUGAUGAUGCUCGUGCUGCAGCUGUUCUCACUGCUACUGUUCUGCCUCAGUUUGCUUCCGAGUUUCUGGGUCUUCCUACUGUCUUUGAGAUGUGGACCCGUCUUCGUCAGCGCUAUCAGCCCUCUGGUGAUGCCUUAUACCUUCUGUGGUCCGUCAGGAGCAUGCUCUUCAGCAGGGUGACUCUACUAUUGAUGACUUCUAUGCACAGAGUUCUGCUAUCUGGCGCCAGCUUGAUUCUCUCCGCAGUGUUGGUUGUCGUACCUGCCCCUGUUGCCAGGCUGUCCAGGCCAAUUUGGAGUUUCAUCGCGUCUAUGAGUUCCUGUCUCGGCUCCGUAAGGAGUUUGAGCCCCGGCGUGCUCAGUUGUUUGCUCGUGGCCGUAUUUCUCUCAUGGAGGCGCUUUCUGAGAUUCGUGCUGAGGAGACUCGCUUACGUGGGGCUGGUUUGCUGGAGGUUCCCUCUGUGCUCGCUACUCGUGCUCCUACGCCACCUGCUGCACCGACCCCCUCUCGCUCGAGUGCUCCGCCGCUCUUGCCCACUCCUUCUGGAGGCUCAGGUCGCCCCCGUCCACAUUGCGACUAUUGCAACAAUGAUGGUCAUCUUGAGUCUCAGUGCUACACGAAGAAGAAACACCUGCGCAAGGCGCGAUCAUCAUCUUCAGGGACUUCGUCAUCUACCUCGACAGCUUCAGCCAUUGCUUUGACUGACCAAGAUAUUCUGAGACUUAAGCGUCUGCUCGCGGCUUCAGGUUCUUCCUCGACGGGUACUGCUGGUUCUGUGACUGAUGCUUCCCGCACUGAGCAAUCACCCUCUACACAGUCAGGUACAUCCCCAUGGGUUCUGGACUCUGGAGCUUCUUUUCAUAUGUCUUCUCAUUCUUCCACUUUGUCCUCUCUUCGAUCACUGGAUUCUCCUGUUCAUGUCUUCACUGCUGAUGGUACUCCACUUUCUGUUGCUAGUAGAGUCAAUCUUACCACUCCUUCUUAUUCUGUUCCUGAUGUUGCUCAUGUUCCUCGACUUACCAUGAAUCUGUUUUCUGCUGGUCAACUUACUGAUUCUGGUUGUCGUGUCAUCCUUGACGUUGACUCUUGU